CUGUAACCAGGGUGCUUGUCGAUUGAUUGAUUUACCAUGACGCUUCCCCGUCCGUCGAUGCUUCGUCGCUCCUUAUCCACGUAUGACAUUCUCACCGUCAAGGACGUGGUCGAGGCGUACGAAAGUCGAGGGGAAUUCCAGUCCGUGUUCCUCACUCCGUUGGUUUACGUGAUGUUUUUUACGUUCUUUGCGUCGGCGGCGCUGACGCAUGUGCCGAUUGAGACCAUGUUUCCGUCUCAAAACGGCCUCAUGGCGGCCCUCGUCACGUCGGGUUCUGACACGUUGACGGCCGACUCCAAGAUGAAGUUCAAGAACAUUCAGUCCCAAGCUGACGUGUUUCCGUGGCUCAUCGAUACAUUCGUGCCGAGCGUGUUUGUAACCACAGAUUACAACAAUGUGUCGAUUCCAGUGGACCAAGUCGGCCGGAUUGCGGCGUUCCAAAAGGUCGUGGGGGCCGUGGAAAUCAAAGCGUACGUCGCCCCCAAGAUCCCCUGCGACGUCUCGGCGUCCCUCUCGCCCAUAUACAAGUCCUGCCACGAUUGGGCCAACGCCGAGCAGGAAACGCCUUGGUACUUGAACCCCAAGUCCCCCGCCCAAGAAAUCAUCGACUGGUUCCAAGAGGUCAAAGCCAACCACACCUUGGUCAGCGACGCUAAUACGGCACUGCACAUCAACGUGGCCACGUACAACGGCGAGCUCAACCUGCUUUGCAUCACGGCGUUGCAAAUCAAGUUCCAGCCGGGGGGGUAUGUCGACACGCGGUCGAAGAUGACCUCCAUGCCAUUAGAUCCGUAUGGGAACGACCCGAGCGGCGGACUCAUGGACUUGAUCACGGGUAUGUUCUUCUUGACGACGGUCGGCAUGGACUACCGCAAGAUUGCGCGCCACCGCAAGCAAAAAAAGGCUGUCGUGUGGACGAAAUGGCGCACGGUCACGUGGAUGUCGUUGGCGUCUGUGCUGACAUUCUAUGUGUUUUGGAUCAUCUUGAGCGUCUUGGUCGCCCAGGCGCAACUGAAAAACGAGAUCAUUGCCAUGGAAAACCCCGCGUUCGACUUCGAACAUAACACUGCGUUGGCCAUAGUGUACUUUAUCGACAUCAUGGAUCGCAUGAAGACCAUGGGCACCAUCAUGAUCAUCCUACGGCUCAGCGCCAUGGCCGCUAUGUGCUUGCUCAUGUUUCGCAUCCUCGGGUCGCUGCGGUUCCAUCCGGGCUUGAAUGUGGUUAUGGCCACCUUGACCAAGUCGCUGCGGUCGCUCGCCCCAUUUUUCUUUGUCUUUGUCGUGUGCUUGUCAGCGUUUGUCAUGUCUGGCUGCCUCCUCUUCGGGGACAGCACCAAAGCCUUCAGCACCAUCGGCAUGUCAUAUGUCACGGUCGUGAACAUGCUGUUUGGCCAGUUCAAUCCAGACAUGGUUCUCGACGUCAACUACUACACGGCGGUCGUGUGGUACUGGAGCGCCAUGGUUGUGCUCUCCCUCGUGCUGUUCAACAUGCUGCUGGCUAUUGUGAUCGAGUCGUUCCAAAAGGUUCACAACAGCAGCGACAAGAGAACAGCGCCGUACAUGGCGGCCAUCUCCGAGCUCGCGCGCGUCGAAGGCCUGUGGCUGUGGCCGUGGAGUCGCCGUGACAUGAUACGUCUGGGGCGCGCGGUGCACGCCGACGAAUUGCGCGACGUGUCGGUGGCAGCCAUAGCCAAGCACUUGGCCUUGUCCGAUGACCAGGCGACGCUACUGUUAGCCAAAGUACGCGCGUUCAAGCGAGUCAUGGAUGUCCUGCGAGAGUCUCAUGGUGAUGACGACGACGCAGACGAUCCAUCGACUACAGACUUGUCCAACCAGCUCGUGGCCAUGCAAGCUCAAAUCGCCGCUCUUGUUACCCGAUUGGACUCACCAGUUUAACAAUGGACGACGUUCCCAAUUUAAAACCGCCCCGUUAUAUUUAGAGCAACCGUGGUAAACAUAGUUGACGCGCAAUCGAAAAAAACUCUGAAGUUUCCAC